CGACCUGGAGUUGCGGAUCCCUCUGCACACUGUCCCAUGACGGAGAAUUUGUGCGUGCGCUUCACUGUGGAAGUAACUUCCGCCAUGUUGCGACUGAAACCGAGUGGACGUUGCAGGACAUCGUUCAAAAUUACUCCGCCCUUCCGGUACCAGCUUGUUCGUCGCAGUUCGCUUUCCUCGAGUAAAUGAGGAUUUGGAGAUCGCAAGAAGGCUUCGACUGAUAGGAGCAAAUUUUGUGCUGAGGAUUCACCAGUUCUCUUUUUACUCGAUGUCUGUGAGAAAUGAGAGAUUGGACGGGUGUAUCAGCUGCGAUAGCGGUGCACAUUUGAUUUGAUAUCUGUUGGAAUGUUAGAAUAGGGGGAGAAGUCGGUCAAGGAGGGCGAUUCGACUCUCUGCUCUGGCGGCCAUGGCGCCCCCGGGUAGCCUGGUGGUUACACUGGACAAGCUCCCAUUGAAGCGCGUUCUAGCUUUGGAGGAGGCUGGAUUGGAAAUUUUACCAAUUGAGCCGACUCCUGAAGAAAAGCCCCUGCAUUUGCUGUCACGAAUAGACUUCGGACAUACUGUUGAAAAAGAUACGAAAAAGAUCAAGGCCGGAAAGGAUGCUCCACCACCACCACCGGCAGCAUGGCCUUGGCAAGGAUUAGCUGAAAACCUGCAACAGGCACAACAGGAGCUGAAUAUUAUUCUUGAUCUUCUAACCCAUGUUGAAGCAAAUGAGGCGGUCCAGGUUGUGAACAUGAUGAAGCCGAAGAUGUUACCACACGAAACUUUCAAUGAGAUCUGCCUCCGUGCUGCCGCGAAGAACAAUAAGUUUCGGGAAGUCGGCAAGUACUUGAAAAAAACUGCGCAAGCACUGGAGCGGCAGGUUGAAAGGGAGGCAGUAUUUUAUGGUGCACUCAUGAGACUUCAGCGUAAUUGGAAAGUAAAGCGUCAAAGAGGUGUCUCUGCUGGACCGGGUGGAAGCGCUGGAUUUUCCAUCGAUUUAUCUUUCCCUCUUCCAGCUGAUUCCUCAAGUGGAUCAUCUGCCAGAGCUGCGGCGUUGGCAUCGGUGAACCUUGACCAGGACGUCAGUGGCCUCCUCCAAGCACUGACUCCGUCGGGGAAACCUCUGAACAAGCUGAACAUAUCUCUCCGAUCAACGCAACCUGGACGCACAGUCUGGGAACGCCAAGAUGUGAAAGAUGAAGACUGGAUAGGCAAAGUUGAGGAUCCAGCAAGAGGAUCUGAUGUGGCAGGCAGUCAAAAUAGAGGAGUUGGAGAAGGAGUUGACACCGGUGCGAAAGGUGCACAGGUUGUUCUACGGCGUAUUCAGGCUGUUAUAUUUGAUGAACAGGUAUUCGAAUGGGUAGGUCGUGAAGCCUUAAUGGCCAAUUCCGGUAUGAAUGUUCUUGGAAUCGGUGAUACUUGUUUGCAGUUUAGUCUUGGCCACUCAGCCAGUCUCACUCUUGAGCUCUCGGAAAGUGCCAAACGCAAUCACGACCUAGGUCCCACGGAUGCUCAGGAUGACGAAGACGGCAACGAUGAGGACGAAGACGGUGGAAAGCUUGGUCCUACUAAAUCAGCAACAAACUCUCAGACUCUAGAUAAAGCAGAUGCUGAAUGGUCAAGCCUAAAGUUGUACGGACGACGCAUUAUUCCAAACGAAAGAGCGUUGGUUGUUUGUUUGCAUCAGGCUUUUCAUCAGUGCGUUUUUGGUUAUCCAACCGUUUUGCCCAACGGAUUAGUGACCUUUAAGUUGGGCCACGGGAAGAACGCAGUAGACACCCCAGUUUUGACGAAGACGAGAGAACCUUCAUCGGCCACGGGUGCAUCUGGACCCGCAAAAGAGUCGGUUUCAGGGGAUGGGGCCAGUGCAAUCAAACAUUUCUCGGCAAUCAUGCGUCAUCGUGUUUUAUGUAACAGAGUACUGGCAGAGCUUGAGAAGCAGGUUACGGAAAUUCCUCAUCUGCAACUGUCUUUCCAUCCCACAUGGCAUCCUCGCGUUUCUGCGUGGGACCUUUCCCUCGUUACUCCUGUAUCCUCGCAAAGAGGAAAAGACGCCGCUUUAACUGAAAACAAGGAGUCAUGGUUUCAGUGCACUAUCGUCUUAAGAGAUGAAUCUCUUACAGUGGAAGGGCUGGAAGGAGAGUCACGGUUUGAAGCCCCUUCUAAGACUUCACCACAGGAGAUUCUACCAUUAAAUAUCCACAAUGUUGGCAUAUCCGAAUUACCCACGUUCUUACUGUUUCAGAUUGCGACGGAGCUCGUUUCGUGGCUUCAUGAUGAAGCAGUAAAUAUGGGAUUGAAAGUUUCAAGGGAUCUUCUUAGUGUUGUAUUUCAGCUGGAGAGCUGUGAUGACGUUGCCAUUGUUGCGUGUCCCGACGUUAAAGCACAUUGCAUCAAUUGGUGGAUGAGAACCUGGGGCUUUGGUAUGGACGAAUCUUCAGGAAAGGAAGACAUGGUCUCUGAGAAUGGGCACCAUCAGCGUUUCCUUGGACCCCUGUCGCUGGACAUUUUGAGGAAAGUUCUUCUGGAUCUUAUCUCUUUAGAGAGUCAACCCGAAGCAGGAAGUUAUGAUUAAAGUGGUCUUAAGGACUAAUCGGCUGGUGGUUAAACUUGAUCAAUUCCAAUCUAAUGGGCGACUGAAGAGCCCAGUGUGAUUGAGGUUGUGCACUGAGCAACUGCACGGCCCAUGAUGUCAUGCGCUUGUAUAGGAGUAAAUGAUUAUGUGAGAGUCGGUGUUAGGAUAAUAAGAUUAUUGUAUACACUAGUGCUUGCCAAUGCAAUGAAAAGCUGUGGAACAGCACAAACCCGCUGUUACGAUUGUUGACCUUCACGAGUCAUCGGUGCUAGCUAAGAAAGGAGUUUUUUCUGGAAGUGAUCAUCUGGUAAAUGCUUUGUCAAAGAUAUAGAAUCAACUGAAAAUGGUUAAACUUGAGAAACAGCACCCAAUAAUCAUGGAAGCAAUUCAAGAGGAACUUUUU